AUGUAUCGCAGCGCUGUCCGCUCGACGCCCCGCGCCUUGAGCGCCGCCCGCCAAUCCGCAAUUCGCGCAGCCCCUCGCCGAUUCGCUUCGACAGCGCCCGCCGACAAGCCCCGGACAUGGAAGAGCUCGGCGUUGAGAUGGGGUGCCGCCUUUGGUGCGCUCUACUGGUACAACACCAGCCCAGUCUUCGCCGAGGAGCCCGUCGCCCGCACGAUUCCCGCGCCCUCCCAGUUUUCCGAUGCCGACCUGACCACCGUUGACGCCAUCGUCGAAGAGAAGCGCAAGCGCGCGAUUGUGAAGGCGGAGCAGCCCAAGCCCGCUCCUGCGGCCGACAACGCACAGGCGAUCCAGACCGAGGGCGAGCCGGCGCCCGGUUCUCCCGAGGCCCUGGAGGCGGAGGCCGACCAGCAGGGUGCUUUCAAUCCCGAGACGGGCGAGAUCAACUGGGACUGCCCGUGCCUCGGCGGCAUGGCCGACGGACCCUGUGGCGAGGAGUUCAAGGCUGCCUUCAGCUGCUUCGUCUACUCCAAGGAGGAGCCCAAGGGCAUGGACUGCAUUGAGAAGUUCCAGGGAAUGCAGACAUGUUUCCGCAAGUACCCCGACGUCUACGGUGCUGAGCUUGCCGACGACGAGGAAGGCCCCGCCCCCGACGAUGCCCAGCCCACUCUCGACGCCAACGCCGAUGCUUCCAUCCCGCCCGCCGCCGAAGAGAAGAAGGAGGCUCCCAAGGAGGCCAAGCAGGAAGCACCCAAGGAGACGAAGACCGAGGCCCCCAAGGCCGAGAUCAAGAGCGACUCUGAGAUCAAGAAGGUCGAGAUCAAGGCCGAGCCCGAGAAGAAGGAGACGGAGAAGAAGACCAAGCCCAAGAAGGCUGUCAAGGUCGACAGCGUUGACCUCACCAAGUCCAACACCGCGGCGACGGAUGCCACUGCGGCGAACGACAACUAA